AUGAAUGCCCGUGCACCUUCAGCACAUUCAUGUGAAAAACAAUAUGCUAGUAAACAAAUUAUUGAUGAAGCAAUACAAAGAAUGAAAAAACGUGCACGAGAAGAAACAACAACAAUUCCAAAGAUAUACACAGAAGAGCUGAUUCGAACUCGUCUUGAAAAUCCUUCAAUGGUGACUGGCAUUUCAUAUCCUGAUCUUCGUAGUGUUGAUUCAUCAUUGGGUUUACGUGCUGAACCAUUCUUGUUGAUAGAUGAAUUCUAUGGUAAUAAUAAUCAAGAAAGAAUGCUAAUUUUUGCUACUGAUUGGUCUUUAUCUUUUUUAUCAGCGUGCUCAAGGUGGCACUCUGACGGAACAUUUAAUGUUACACCUCUUCGAUUCGAACAAGUGUAUGUUGUUUGUGGAUUUAGUGAAGAUUUCAUGAUUCCAUGUGUUUAUGCACUUACUACUAGAAAAGAUCAAAUAACUUAUAGUAAACUUUUUCAUCAUAUUAUAACACUUGGUGAAAAUAGACAAGGAGUACGUAUGAGACCAACAAAUUUAACAUGUGAUUUUGAACAAUCAGCAAUAAAUGCUUUUAAGCUUGUUUUUCCAGGUGCACAUGUGAAAACAUGUUUUUUUCAUUUUUGUCAAAGCCUAUGGAGGAAAAUUGUUGAUUGUUCUCUCUCUAAAUAUUUUAUUCAUCCUGAUGAUAAUGAUAUAACAGAUCAAGAACGUAAAAAUGCUAGUUAUUGGUUUAAUGGUGCAAUUGGUUAA